GGAAGACUUGAAUAUUUGGUGAAGUGGAGAGGAUGGGCAAUGAAACACAGCACUUGGGAGCCCGAGGAGAACAUUCUGGACGACAGGCUGAUAUUGGGCUUCGAACAGAAGGAACGAGAAAGGGAAAUACACGGACCGAAAAAGCGGGGACCAAAACCCAAACACUUAGCUACGAAGACACGCAGUCAGAAAGGAGAGACCAGCAGUCGAGCCUCCAGCAGCCGUCAGAACACAUCCGGCUCCUCUUUGUUGGCUGCUACUAGCCGAGCAGCUCCCUCCUCUUCUGCCUCUCCUAAUUUGCCGUCCUCCUCCUCCUCCUCCCUGACCGUGGCUCCCUCUCCUAAACUCAACUCCCUUGCAGCCACCCAUAAGCUGAAAAAAGACAUUCACCGCUGCCACCGGAUGUCCCGGCGCCCUCUGCCUCGCUCAAACCCCACGGCAUCUGCACUUUCCAACCCGGGCGGCUUCCCCUCCCGCAUGCACGUSUCCCCUUUCUCCGAGACCGUCCGCAUCCUCAACCGUCGGGUCAAGCCUCGAGAAGUCAAGAGAGGUCGGAUUAUCCUCAACCUAAAGGUGAUUGACAAGCCGAGCAGGGGCGGCGCAGCUGCGGGCGCAAGGAACAUGGCAGCGGGACGGCAGAAUAUCCCUUCGCGCAACCGCAUCAUCGGCAGGAAGGGGGAGGCUCCUUACAGACCGUUCCAGCCUCCUCUGAAGAUGCUGGGGUUCCCGAUGUACGGRAAGCCGUUCGGGCUGCAGUGUGGAGGUCCCAUGUCUUUUCACUCCCACCCGGGGUCACACACCAGCCCAGGAGCUCGGAACAGCCACAGCACCCCCUCUCGGUACCAGGCUCCUCCUUCUCCCUCCAGCUCCAGUGGCUCCGAAGGCAAGUCCCAGCCUGCCGYCAAAGCCGCGCCUCUCAGCAAGGAUCCCAAGUCCAGUAGAUCUCUCACGGAAAAACAGAAAAGUCCACCUGCUCCCGCCUCGUCCUCGGAUGCAAACCCCGGAGCCUUGGCCUCUUCCUUCCCCUCGUCUCCAUCUUCUUCCUUAGAAGACGAAGAACAGGGCACCACGGACCUGUCGCCGCCCUCAGACGGAGGCAGAAAAAAUCCUUGCCAACGCAAAGCAAAACCACCCCCCACCCUUCCCCCCGUCACUCCAGGGGAACAAACCUCCGCCCCCGUCGAGCCCCAAAGGGUGCCAGCUGAAGGAGACCCCGACUGGCACCCWGAAAUGGCACCGAGCUGCAAAGACGUGGUGGUCACAGACGUGACCACCAACCUCGUCACCGUCACCAUCAAAGAGUUCCCCUCUCCUGCUUCUGGCCCCGCUUCCCCUUCUGCCAGUCCUGAAAGCGCCUCCUCCCCUCCUCCGGCCACAGCCGCUGAGGACGCCUCUUCCAUGAAGCCAUAGGAGAUUAGAUAUUCUCAAACAGAUUGCCACUGAAGAUGGAAAAAAGAUAUAUAUAUAUAUAUAUAUAUAUAUAUAUAUAUAUAUCAACCAGUGUUGCCACGUCAGCCCUGUCUUACAUUAUCCGUAGGGGUAUAUUCAUAUUUGUGGUACAGGUAAUGAAUUGUAUUUUAACUAAAUAUCGCCCAGCCAUGAAUUAAGGCAAUUAAAAAAAAGAUAUUUUUCUUAAAAAAAGUGAAAGGAAAAAACGUAUGAUUUCACAAAAACAGGCAGCUAAUAAGCCCUUCUUGCCAUUUAAAUUGCCAUAUUUUUGUGCACAUUGACUCUUUGAAGCAGAUUUGACAGGAAACAAUAUUUGUUUUCUCUCACUUGACACAAACAUGCUGAGUUUAGGYCUGUUUGCAGAUAUACCAGUUGUCCCAACGGCGUGUCCCUCACCCGUCUGGUGUGUGGGCUCUCAUCAGUCACACUCACUCUGAGUAAAAGGAGUUGUCCUUCUGCUGAGUCAGCUGCUAUACAGUUUCUUCAGCCUUCAGGUGUUUUGUCUGUUUAAUGACCCCAGGUGUCAGUGGAAGUCUAGUUUUGCUGAUGUUGAAUGAGGGGAUGUCUUUUUGCACUUAAGACAUGYUGGACCCUCGGUAUAUUGCAUCAGCACAGGAAAGUAAAUGCAAUGCACUGCAUCAAAAGCAGCUUGUUCUUCAAUGUAGUUCAUCUAUUUUUCAAGGCCUUCUCCCUCCUCCUUCGCUCUCGAACGUACACAAUGCUAAAAGUUCUCAAAUAACUAAUAGAUUUCUAAUCUAUCUGUGCAGUCUAGCUUUGAUUUGUCACAAACUCACCCUCUUCUUCAGCUUGUUCAUGUUCACUGUGAUCCCAAACUGGCCUGCAGUUAAUUGGGAAACGUGCCAGAAUUGCACCAUUUAAUGUCUCAACCCAUCAAGGUCUAAAGGGUCCAGGAGCUGCCAGUGAAGUGAAGCCAAAUAGUUUCUUGUAUUUCWGAUCUUGGCUUCAGUUUCACGUCUGUGAGUAUAAACCGUUUUUGCUUCUAAAUCAAUCGCAAAGGUGCUUAAACUCCACAAAAAGCUUUCCUUGUUUUUCUUCUCAKUUUUUUUUUCUUCAGUAUUCUUUUUCUACAAAGCUGGUGUUAUUCGAAGUGGCCUAAUUAGCAUGGAUUGACAUUUUUUUGUUUUUCUUGUUACUCGUGGACUUGGUGACGGAACUGGAGAAUCCUUGUUUUGUUGGGGUUUUUUUAGAAGACAAAUAAGUGUUGGGAUUAGCCAGUUAAGAAAGCAACCAGUCUUGUCCAACCCAGUUUCUAAAACAAAUCAACUACAACCCUAAAACAUAUUUGUUUGGGGUUUCUGUUUGACCAUAAUCUKUGCUGUUGUCUUUAUGAGCUCCCUGCKCAUGUCUUUUUAUUUGACUUUACACACAAGUUUUGGCACAUGUAGGUAGAAAAAUGAUAGUUUGAYCCAAGGAUGCCUUAACAUACCUAAAUGACAUGUUCGAUUUGAAGAGGUUGUGCUGUAGUUCUCUUCACACGUGACCUGUUAUUGGUGGAUCUCUGACAGUCAGAUGGUUACCUCCAUCCUCUUCUGAGCACAUCAACUGAAAGUUGUUUCCCUCUGAAUUCUAACAAAUAUUAACAUCAUUCCAAGUUUUGAACCCGUUUUAAACCUUCAAGCACAUCCUAAGUUCUAUAAAGAAGCAUUUCCUCACAGUUUAGUUUCCUGAUGCUUCCUGCUCUUUUCAGACCUUCUCAAUCUUCAACUCUUACUUUGUUUUCUGUAUUAUAACUCUUCCGCAUGUGUUGCCUUAUAGCUGCUCUGUGCACCCCUGAUCUUGCUUGGCAUUUAUAACACAAGAGACUUAAAAUACUUAGUUGUGGCUUAAGCUUGUAAGGAACCUUUAUUACUGUAACUGUCCAYGGUUUCUGAGGUUCAGUUUUGCAAACAUUUUAGAAGGACUUCUCUGUCUGUAACAGAUGAGGAUGACAUCGCCUCUUUGUUUCAUGUUAUGUACCGGAUGGUUGUGGUUGUUCACUUUACUGUUUCAGUGCUCCAAUAGGUUGCAUGAAGGGACUUAUUCCAGUAUGACAUAUCCAUUUGAUGAAAGAAAAAGUAGGUGUUAAAGUUUUUUUUUUUACCCUGCUGUCUGAACUAGGCUUCUUUGUUUCUUUUUCUUUUUUUUUUUUUCUCGCAAAAUAGAUAUCUUAUUUGGAAUAUUUUCCUUCAUGUUCUGUGACUGUAAUAUCUUUAGGUGAUGGUGACAGUAGCACUCGGUGGAUGUUUUAAGGUAUUAGACUGCAAAACUAUGCUUUUUCUUUUCUUAAGGCGUAGCACAACUGAACUUAGUGGCCUGUCUUGUAACCAAAUAGGGCUCUUGUUUCUAUUGAAAUUUGAUUUAUUACAAUUAUUAGCCUUGAAUUAUUAUUGUUUUUUUUUUUUUUACAUCAAUGUGGUGUAAAGUUGUAAGUGCUGGAUUGGCACUGAUUGGUUAAAACGAAGGAACUUUGUUCAAUUGAAUGGAUAAAAAUGCUCAAUUAUGAAUUGUUAUUUUGAAGCAUUUUCCUCUAUUUGUACUGUAUUUUAAUACUUGUUUGAAAUAUGCAUCAUUAUGUUAAUGUAAGGCUCUUUACUUGAAUGCCAUUUUUAAUAAUCAAUGUUUUUUUCUCAAGUGUAUCAAGAGUGCAGUUGUCUGAUUUUUAUUAUAUGAAUUAUGUACAAUGUACUCAAAGUCAUAACAAGAAGUUAGAGGAAAAUAAUGGCAAUGUAAUGUAUGUGAACCUCUGAAGCAUGUUUUGCAAACUCUUGCUGUACAAAUAAUGUAUUCGGUGUUAUGUUUCAUGUUGUUUUUGUGCGUUUCUUGUACAGUUCUUUUAAUUAAAAAGUGCUUUAAAAUGUU